UUUCUCUGUUUACAUCUUAUGACUUCUGUGUGUUACUGUUCAUAACUGAGAACAGAGGAUAUAUUUUCACUUUUAAAAGUUGAAACUCUUUUAAUUUAUGUGUGUCCUCUGCAUUUCUUUGUAAGUGUAAAUGAGUGCUACUGCCUACUGAUGAAUUUGUGUCUCUCCAAAUCACAAUCAGGUUUUGGUGUUUGCAAUGGCAACAGAGAGAAACAGAGAGAUCUUCUUGGGUGGAUUAAAGAAACUCUUGAAAGAAAAAUGGCAAGCAGAUGUACUCCUCAAGGCAGGAAACAGUGCUGAGGGUGCAACUAUCUCCGCCCACAAACUUGUUCUGGCAUCAAGGUCAGUGGUGUUGAGGAAGAUUAUGGAAUCAGACGAGUUCAAGGCUUCAUCUAAGCUAGAGACUGUCACUUUCUCCGAGAUGAAAUACGAGGAACUUGAGGCUUUUGUUGAGUUUAUGUAUUGCUCCAUUUCUCCUGAAAGUCUCAAGAAACAUGUUAGUUCACUCUAUCUUGCAGCCGACAAGUAUGAGAUUCCGUAUCUGCGUGACGUAUGUAGAAGCCUUUUUAUAUCAUCUCUUAACCCGGCCAACGCUCUUAACAUCAUUGAGCUUGCUCAAAGACCUUUCGACAAAGCUCUUAAUGAUGUGGCCUUCACUACUAUCAAGGACAAUAUAAGCACCAUUGCUAGCUCUGCCGAGUUCAAGUUGUUUGUUGUCAACAAUCCAUAUCUUUCUGUGGAGAUUAUGAAGGCUUCUCUUAUUCAUCCUCAUAUUAAUAAUAAAUGUCGCUAUUGUGGCCACGUUUCGGAGUGGAAGCAGCUAAAGUAAUAAUAUCAUUAUCAAGAUUUUAAUAGCCUGAUGAUGAUCCUUCUAAUUUGGUUCUCGUCUUCCCUUGGCGGCAUUCGAGUCUGGUAUUUUUCACUCUUUUAA